UCCUUCUGCUCGCUGCUUGUGCGCUCCGACAAAAAUGAAGAAAAUACCGUACAACACUGAAUUACUCCCAGACAGGUGCAUCUCCUUAGAACUGAAACACCGCCAAUUGGCUAAUAAUGGACGUGAAAGUGCAAGAUAACGACAACCCGACAACAGUGGUCAUCCAGGAAGGUGCCCAGGCCACGCUGAUCACGCUGGAUGAGUACCUCAACAAGGCACUGCCCUUACAUUUGCAGAAGCAGCUACUGCAGACACAAUCGUCGAGCAGUUGGUCGUUUACCCAGGGUUUACUGGUUGGUCAAUUGAGCGUUAUCGUGGUGAUUAUAUUCUUCCUCAAGUUCUUUGUCUUCAGUGAAACAAAGGCGAACUCGGACUCGUUGAAGGACUCGAAGAAGAACCCCAUUGUGAAGAAGAUCGAUGCCUCAUCCACGAAUGACUUGGAACAGAGAAUGGAGGCCAUCAAUUCGAUCCUGGAGAAGACGUACUAUAACGUUGAGACACACUCGCCUGAGUCCCUGGACUGGUUUAACGUGCUGAUUGCUCAAACAAUCAGCCAGUUCAGAACUGAAGCGUUGAGCUCCGAUAACAUUGUUCAUUCUCUAAACGAUGCAUUGACAAAGGCACCAUUGCCAGACUUCUUGGAUAAGAUCAAGAUAACGGAGAUUGACAUUGGUGAUGAUUACCCAAUCUUUUCAAACUGUCGUAUAAGGAAGAAUCCUCAAAAUCUGAGCAAUCUACAAGCGAUGAUCGACGUUGAUUUGGCUGAUACUCUAACAUUGGGAAUCGAGACAAACCUGUUGUUGAACUCUCCAAAGCCUUUGACUGCCAUCUUACCGGUGCAGCUGAGUGUAUCAAUCGUGAGAUUCUCGGGUUGCUUGACGGUUUCCUUAAUAACAGUAGGGGAAAACUCGGAUGUUGAGAGCUUGGAAGGCAAAGGAACAGCUCUAAUGUUCAACUUUGCACCUGAUUUCCGUUUGGAGUUUAACGUGAAAUCACUAAUUGGAUCCCGUUCUAAGCUGGAAAAUGUUCCAAAGAUCGGUAGUAUCAUAGAGACAAGGUUGAAAAGCUGGUUCAUCGAGAGAUGUGUCGAACCAAGAUCGCAAGUUGUUAGACUACCAAGUAUGUGGCCAAGAAGUAAAAACGUUAGACAGCAAACUACGCCUGCUGCUGCUACUGCUACUACUGCUACUGCUACUACUGCUGCUACUACUGCUGCUACUACUGCUGCUACCGUUAAUACUACGGCAACUGUUCCACAGACUACGUCCCAGGCAACACCAGUACAAUCAACAACUACAUCAAGCAUAAAGCCAACUACUUCAACACCUACAGAUUCGGAUAUACAAGAUUGAGAA